UAACUUUUAAACCAAUUAGAACAAUCAAUAAUCCGUAAAUAACCCUUGUACUACUACGUGGUGCAUAAAUUUCUUGUUUUGACCCCAAAUUCAUACAGCCAUACCCAACCUUUUGUUCUAUGGCUUGAAAGUUCCAAAUCAACAUCCUUUUCCCUACUGGGAACAGAAAUACAGUUAUGGAAUCCAAAUCUGUUUUCUGGAGGGAAAAGGUCUGAAGCAAACACCUUCAAUUUCAUGAUAGUGCCAAAUUAGUUACUAUUAGAAUUGAAAAAAGACGGAGACAAUAUGGACGUUAACAAACCAAUUUGGAGACUGACAGGUGAAAAUCUUAGUCGGCGACUUAACCGGCAGGUAGGGUUUAGCACGCCGGAAAUCGAUGACGAUUCUGCUAUGGAGGAGAAACAGCGUCCAAUACACAUUCUAAAGAAGAAGCUCUCUCCUUAUUUAGAAGAUUUAUUCAAAAAGAAGAGCUUGGCGAGAGAAAAAGCACUAAGGACAUUGGUUGCGGAAUUUGAGAGUAAUGUUCGUUAUGAAUUUGCUGAGAAUAAUUUUGUCACUUUGGUACAUCGAUGCCAAAAUUGUUUGAAACGGGGUUCUGCAUCGGAGAUUGAUUUAGCAUUACAACUUAUAGGAUUAGUAGUACUCACUCUUGGUGCGGGUGAUGAUGCACAUGAGAUUUAUGAAGAAUCAUUGGUGUUUCUUCCUCAACUCCUCAACUGCAAAUUAUCUCUCUCUGUCAAGGUUAUGGAGUGUUUGUCUAUUGUCACUCUUGUUGCUGCAAGAGAUUUUGUAGACACAGAAAGAUCAAUGGAAAUUAUAUGGCAAUUCAUGAAUCAGGAAUCAAAAUUCAAAGGGACCAAACACCCGUCAUCCAGGACUGCUGCAGCAAUAUCAGCUUGGGCUUUCCUUCUUUCAAACAUUAAUAGAUGGAGUAUUGAUCACAAAAAGUGGAAAGGAUUGAUCCCUUUUCUUCUAAAAAAGCUCGAGGAAAAUGAUGAACAUGUUAAUGCUGCUAGCAUUGAAGCACUUGCUAUAAUUUUUGAAAAUGGCAGUCUUGAGAAAUUUUCAAAUCAAGCAGAAGAAUAUGAAAAUACAAAGAACAUGAAAGAUGACAUAAUGAAGCAUGUGAAGAGAGCAUGCAAUGGCACCAAACAAGAUGCUUCAAAAAUUCUCGAGGAUGAUUACAAUAAGACGACCUCCCUCACCUUAUGCGGAACAAGACUUACCUUUAGUACCUGGUCACAAUUGAAACAGAUAAGUUACAUAAGAAGAUUUUUAGGUUAUGGUUUUACAAAACACAUGAUGGAAAACGAAAACCUCCGCAACAUAUUUAACUUUGUACCGGCGACGAAAACUAGUGGCGUAGAACUGUAUAAACCUAAAUUUGAAAAGGUGGUUGUUCGGGUAUUCUUACCCGAUGUAAGAAGAGAAACUUGCUCAAAGAGGAUGAAUAUGUCCCCUAGUUCUCUAGUGAGCAAGGGAAGGACUAAGUUGAUGAACAAGUAUAGGAGUCUUACAGAGGACACUAAGGCCGGGCAUUACAUUGCUGAUGAAGAUCUUGAUUGAAAUAUUGUUUCAAUUGGUGUAAAUUCUUUGCCAUGUUAUUGAAUUAUAAAAUUUUCAGGCAUCAUUUAUUUAUAUCUUCACUGAAAGUGAUUCCUUUUCUUCUUACUGUUUUAUGAUUUCUAUACAUGAUCUUUCUUAUUCAAGAGAUGUUUAAAUAUAUUCAUUAUCCAAAGCGGAACACAAAAGAUAGAGAGGUAGAAGAAAAAGAAAAAAGAGGAUGGAAAAUAAUUAAAGAUAUUGAUUCCUAAUUCCUAAAGUAAUCAUUUAUACUUUGUAGUAAAUAUAUAGAACAUGAACAGAACUAUUUAUGGAAUUUCAAGACAUUCCGUUUCAUCUCACAUACAUCUUACUCCAAAUCCUACUUACCAUUACUCUAUCAACAUAGUUUAACAAGUGUCCUCACCGCAUAAUCAAGUCACAUUUUUUUGUUCUAUUAUAGUAUUUUAUAAUUGCAAUUAGUAUGUUUGCGUACAAGAUUUGAAUAUAUCUCAAGCUAACAAUUUACAAAAAUAAAAAUAAAAAUAAAAUGUAUUAGAAGUUCCCUAUAUUUUCUAUUGGCAUAAAAAUCUAAUAGGGCCGAAAAGAGUCUUAGAAAGCAUAUGACCUAAGGUAUAACAUUCUAACAUGUCGAAAACAUAUUCCCAAUUAAUUGAUAUCGCCUAUAUAGAUCUUUUUGUUCUAUUGUGUCCUAUCUUACGCUAAGUCUGCAUGAAUUUAAUGAAAUUGUUGGUCUUUUGAGACAACUUCCUUCCAUGUGAUUUUGGGUCUACCCCAUUCCCUUAUAACACCUUCACUCACUAUGAUUUUAGGUGCAAGAACUUUAUGAAGCAAUAAUAUAGUUAUCACACGUGACCUGAGUUUCAAUGAGACUACUCCUUUGCCUUGUGUCAAAUUAACUGAUAUAUGAUCUGCUUGUAUUGGUGAUUGAAAUCAAUGCUUAUUGGUAAUGCAUUUCUUUCAUAUCUUUCAUUGUUUGUGACUUGUGGUAGUUCAAUUGAAGGCCUCUAUCCUGCUUCAAACCUUUCCCAAUUAGAAGUUUGCAGCUUGAUGUUGACACCUCUUGAAAACCUUAACCUUCAGUAUCAAAUUUGAGAAGGCUCCAGAAUCUACAUUUCGGUAGGAUUUGUUAGGUUGACAGAUUUCAGAUUCCAUGAUUCUAUUUAUCGUGGUUUUGGGAAAACCAGUAUGGCAUCACAAGUCCGAGUUUCACCUCUGGUUACGUGAACUGAAUUUCAUGCAGCAAGGAAAUGACCAAUUCCUGAUGUUGUCCAAGUUCUUAGCUCUUUAAUUGAAGUUCAAUAACAACUGUCUCUCUAAAAAACUUUUGCGGACCAAUCCCAGAAAUGAUAUUGCUGUUGGAAGCUGCAGCCUGCAGUACAUACUACAUAGAGUUCUCAGACAAUGAGCUGUUUGGCCAUGUUACUGUGACUAUAUAUGUUAUUAUCUCUGAAAUAAAACUUCAUUGACAUAAGAAAAAAGAGAAAUAUUCGAACUUGAACAUUUUGUUUUCGAAUGUAAUCAAUGAAAAAAGGAAUGUAAGUAGGUAAGGGGGUGGAUGUAGCCAAGUGGAUCAAGGCAGUGCAAGGAUUCAAUUCCUUGCAUAAUUCAUAAAUAUCAUAAUAAAUGAUUGGCUAUGAGUGAUAGGGUUGAUGCUUGGGAACAAUGUCAAAGGUCUUCUUUUAAUAACUCAUGGGUAUGAUGCACGAAGAGUUGGUAAGAAAAUGGCUUUAUCAUUUGUCUGACCAUAUUACUGUGACUAUAUAUGGUUUAGAAACGCUGGCCAGCUGACUGAGAGAUGAAAGAAAUUCUUCUUGCCUACUGCAUCUCACCUAUAUUUGCAGGUGUUCAGCUGGACCAAGUGGCAUUGGUUCAUGUGAUUUACAUAGUGAUGUGCAUCUUACAACAAUGGAAUAGACCUCUCUUGUGAGGUGAAACUGGCUUCUUACAAGGGUUCUACAUGCAUCGUUCACAUAAUGGUCUUUCUGGUAAGCUUCCAGGUACCACUGGCAAAACAAUUAGCGUUUGUACGAGGAACUUUCUCUAAUACUUGCUUCAUUGGAUACUCUGUUAUCUCAACCGUUGUUAUACCAAUUAGAGCGGGAGGGCGCCAAUGGGGAAACAUUUGACACAUUGUAUGAAGCUGAGUUAGUGCAUGUGGAUAAGAAGUUUCUAUAUGAAUUUUGACCACGAUUAAAGAGGUUAUUUGAGUUAAAAUAGAUUGGCAAUGAGAUUGAAGAUCUCAAAGAGAGACAUUACUUUCCAUGGUAUUAAGAUGAUUGGCUCUGAAAUUGGUUUAUGGGAAGUGUUAGUGUCUUGUACUUCAUGAAGUUGUCAUGGAGAGAAGGUAUUGGAAGGCUGAACCAUGUGCUGAAGCGUAAACCAACAAAUGCUUCCCUACUGCAUUGAAGAUAAGACCUGUGGUUUCUGUCCAACUUCAAAUCAGUUUAAUGUAUUCAGCUGGACCUAAGUGAAAUAGGUUCAUGUAUAUGUGUGAGAAUUUUUCAGCGUGGCAGAGUUGAUGACACCCUUGUAGAAGGGUGUCUACGCCAGUGCCAAUGGGGAGACAUUUUGAUAAAAUGUACUAUGAAGAGUUGGUGCAUGUUAACAACUUUCUAUAUGCGUUUUGACCAUGAUGAAAUAGCUUAUAUAUGCUGUUGAUGGAUUUGUUUUUGUAUAUUUGAAGCUGAAAAUGUAAGAUGUUAAUAAUCUUUAACAUAAACGAACACUAUUUUAUCUGGUA